AUGCCCCGCCACGGCCUUCGACGGGGCGCCCGCGACCACUCCGCUUUCCCGAGCGAAGACGGAGCGUCUGCCUCAACCCCCGCGAAUGACCGACGACCACACCACCGCCAUCCCAACUUCGAGGAUCCAGUUCGCGGGGCGGCCCGGAGCCCGCGCGCGGAAACUUUUCCUGCGCAUAAUGCGCAUGCUCGUGUGCGCAAUUUGUCCAUUGCUGGUGACGCUGACCUUGUAGAUGCGGAGGAUGAGUUAGAGGAGAGCGGGGAGGGGUUUAGUGAUAAUGAAGAUGAUGAUAUCGAUGUUGACAUUGAGGAUGAAGGUGAUGAGGGUGAUGAAGGGGAUGAAGGGGAUGAAGGUGAUGAAGGUGAUGAGGAUGAGGAGGAUGAGGAGGAGUUGGGAGAUGAGGAGGGUGAGGAAGAGAUGGAGGGGCAGGAGGGGCAGGAGGAGGAUGAGGAGGAUUAUGACGAAAAGCACACUUCAGCCCCCAUCCCCGCGAACCUACGCGAAAUCUCCUCCCUAGCUUCCUGGACAGUAUCAACGCAUAAACCAGGCUGCGGCAUCGCAGCCCUCCGCCACCCGUCCCCCUCACAAUUCUGGCAAUCCGACGGGCCCCAACCGCACACCCUCACCUUACACUUUUUCAAACGCGUCGCCAUCGUCCGCAUCCGCGUAUACCUUGACUUCGAACUCGAUGAGAGCUACACACCUACCAAGAUGAUAUUUCUGGCUGGCAUGGGCGGAAACGAUCUUGUGGAGUUUGCGACGUGGCAGGGGGAGGCGCCUGCGGGGUGGGUGGAUAUUGAUUUACAAGGGGUGGGAGGACGGCAUGAGAAGACGGGGCGGCGGAAGAGUGGGAGCCAUCAGCGGAGAGGUAAUGGGACUGGUGGGAAUUUUUAUGGAGUGAGAGGGGGAGCGAGAGCGGCGGGGUACGCGGGCCUGGGAUUGGCGAAUUUUAGGCAAAGACAUGAGACUCAUGGUGACGAUGGAAUAAUCGAUCAUGGCACAGAUGGCAACAAGCGCGGGAGUAGGAGUUAUGAAGACGACGACGACGACGACGAGGAGGAGGAGGAGGAUGCUGAUGAUGACGAUGUCACCGACACGGACCCAUCAUCCGGUAACGUCCUCAAAGCCAUGGUAAUCCAAGUCCGCAUCAGCGAGAACCACCAAAACGGCAAAGACACGCACGUGCGCGGCUUCCAGGUGUUUGCGCGUGAUGAUCGCCGCCUUUCCCGGCCACGCCGCGAGAGCGGCCGUAAGUCUCUAAGGCCCCACGGCGCAACCGGUAGCGGUGCGGUUGCUGAUGCUGCGAGGAAAGUUAGGGCUGGUUCGUCUGUAACGGCGGAUCAAGGGGGAGCCGCUGCGAAUGACGAAGAGGUGUUUGGCCCGGCGUUUGAUGAGGAUGGUUGGAUGGGUGAGAUGGAGAUUCGGUAG